AUGACUGAAGACACAGUGCAAGUAUAUGUGUACGACUUAUCACAGGGCCUAGCCAGAGUCUACUCGCCCAUGCUCUUGGGCAUUCUGAUAGACGCCAUCUACCACACCUCGGUGGUUAUCCGAAACAAAGAGUACUACCUCGACCAAGGAAUUAAGGUCAACUCGCCACCGGGCCAUACCAAGUACGGUACACCCAUCGAAGUAUUAGAGAUUGGCACAACCGGGGUGGACGACGAGUUGCUCAACGACUUCAUCAACGAACUAAAGAACCACGACGAAAUGAAGUACCACGCCGUCAACUACAACUUAUUCACAAACAACUGCAACCACUUCACAGAUGUGGUAAUUGACUUUUUAUGUGGCAAAAAUUUAGAGGACAGGAUAUUAAAGUUGCCAGACACGGUGUUAAACACACCAAAUGGGCAGCUAUUACAACAAAUGCUAGGACAAAAUUUUGUAUAG